CUUGCUGGUGGCAAUUCGCCAGAGCCGCCCGCUUCGCCAGAGCCGGUGCUUAGGUUUGAAAGAAAAAUCUCCACUUGAGCUUUUCUUCUUUUUUGCCUUCUUUCUGGCGAAGGCACCCAGCUGUGAAGGCCCUGGGAUCUCCACGCAGGCAGCCGGACCGGGACGUCCUGCCCUGCGCCCUCCUUUCUGCCCGGCUUCCCGGAAGGCCAGGCUGUUCCUGAGAGCUGCGCUCUCUCGGCUGCUAGUCAGGGUCUUCUUAAAAAUAAUUACGGAAUAUGGAGGCUAAUGGACACAGCACAUUCUGGACAAAGUAUCUGAAUAAACAAUUAAUGAAAGAUGAAAAAAAUAAGGAAGCAACUGAUGAAAUUCAAAGAGAAAAUAUGAAGCUACGUGAGGAGAUCCAAAAGCUGGAAGAAGAAAUACAAGAGGCCACUAGAGACUUCCAGAUUAAAGAGGAUAUUCCCGAAGCACAGAUAAAAUUCACCUCAGUAAAGAAGUCUAAGAAUAACAGCCAGUUUUUAAAUGCCUCCUGUUCAUUUCAAGUUAGUUCACAAAUUUUCUAUGAGCUACAGAGAGGACAGGCGCUCAUCACCUUUGAGGAAGAAGAAGUUGCACAAAGUGUGAUUGCAAUUGGGAGACACUACGUGAAGAUAGGGGAUGUAAAUUUGGAAGUCAUAGCCCAGCAAGUUCCCCUGAAUACAGGAGUCAGAUUCCAGGUUCAUGUAGAUGUUUCUAAAAUGAAGAUCCACGUCACAGAGAUUCCUGAUGAGUUGCCUGAGGACCAGAUGCGAGACAAGCUGGAGCUGAGCUUUUGCAAGUCCCGGCUGGGAGGAGGCGAGGUGGAGUGUGUGCAUUAUGAUAAGCAGUCCCACAGUGCUGUCAUCACCUUUGUAGAAGCUGGAGUUGCUGACAGAAUUUUGAAAAAGAAAGACUAUCCUCUUACUAUAAAUCAAAAGUGCCAUAGAGUUACUGUUGCUCCAUUCAUAGAAAAGCACUUGAAAAAGUAUCAGAUCUUUUCAGGAGUGUCUCAGAAGACGGUGCUUCUGACUGGGCUGGAAGGCAUUCAGAUGGAUGAAGAGAUGGUGGAGGAUUUGGUUAGCAUCCACUUUCAGCGGGUGAAAAAUGGAGGCGGAGAGGUGGAUGUGGUGAAGUGCUCCUUAGCUCAGCCAUAUGUGGCAUAUUUUGAAGAAUAGACCAAAGGAAUGAUGAAAACUAUUGCUUUGGAGUCCAAAUCACUACCAGGGUUAGAGAAUCUUUUUUUUUUCUCCCUGAAAGGGCCAUUUGAUGUGUGAUGUUAGCUGUUAUUGAUGUUUAUGUUGCUAUGACAAAACUCCCUAAACAUACUGAAUAGUUGCUUUUACAAGGCAAGAGCAAAUGAUUUUUGUGGGUCUUAACUUGCAAGCUGGACAUUCCUCACCCCUGAAACAUUUGACAGAAAUGAUGAUCCUUUCUCUUAAAAAAAUAAAAACUUUAAUUCCUUUUA